CAUCUCCACUCAAGAAAAGAUGGCGGACACACCAGCUGAAGACAGCGACGACAGCGAUGAGUCCGACUCCGAUUCAGAGACCGAAUCGCCACCAACGGAGUUCACCAUCGUGAUGGACACCGUCGUUAACUGGGAAAGUGCCAUUCCAGAGGAGUUGCUAACCAUCAAGCCGGCCGGCUCUGGGAGCUUUGCAGCCAACCAAGAAAAUCCCAGCGAGCCUAAAGGCUCAAAUCUGCGUGGUCAAGGUUCACAGUGCUACGACGAUGGUCGAGCGCGCCUGGACGGAGGCGGUAAUUCUCCGAUACCUCCAGCAGUCAGACGGCUUUCCCGGUAGAAGUAUCAGCAAGCUACUCGGGGCAAACGUUCCACCGGCUGGGCUUUCAUCAAUUACAAUGGAAGCAGCCAUAGGACCAACGCUAGACAGCUUUUGGGACUCAUAUUUGGGACGGCCCAGUGGUUACUGGAUGCCCAAGGAAUUCGUAUGGCACGUUUUCCUGCAGCUUGGAGAGGCCAUACGCUUCAUCCAUAGCAUGAAGGACUUCCCAGGACUGCCCAACGUCGUUCUGAUCGACUUUGGGCAAGCCAACCACUACGAGACCGAGGCCCAAAACCCAUUCCGGACUAGGCCCCAAACGGCGGCAGACGAGAUAGCGAUGCUCAUCGAAGACGACAACGGUGCCUUCUUUCAGAUUGUGCAUACUCUGUCCAUGAGCAUUGUUGACAAAGAGGAAUCUUGGGAUUGGCGGGGCUUCACCGACCUUCUCAAAGGCUCGUUGGAGGAGAUGUUUAGUUGGUAUGAGGCUCCAGCAAUAGCUGAACGCGCCAAAAUGUCCCAGAAAGCAAAGGAGAACAUCAUAAGGCAUCUCUCCGAUGUUAGCGUCGUUCGUUCUGUCGGACUCAGCGACGAUGAGAUCCGCAACGCCAUUGUCGCUGAAUCGGAGAAGAUGUAAACGGGCCUCUUGCGACCUUGACAUCGCAUGAACUUGGGUUCGUAUAUGCUAGAAGUGCCUUAAAUAGGUGCGUAGGUGCGCAAAAUAGUAAUAGACUUCAUAUUAAAUGCGAUGUAAUGUAAAUUGCAACCGUAUUGGGUACCUAAAGUUUCGACCCUUAUCCCUUCCCCUUUUUCAUAUGUCUAAUCUACAACGUCGUAUGACAUUAUGAACUUGACUUCUUGUAGUUUCAUAGUUGGUAGGCGGCAACAGCACCUUCAAGACACGAUGGUAACGUGCUUCACGCAAAAGCCCUACAUGUGCUAGACG